CUCCAACCCCAUUUCAAGAAAUUUGACCAGGCAAAAAACAAGCAAGCAUUUUACCUUGAGCACAUUACAGUGCUUGAUAGCCUGCAGGCUACGUAUGUUUGCAACUUUAUACUUGCCGCGAAAGCUAUGUUUGCUAGUCGGACUACAUCACCACCUUCGGGCAAUGUGCCCCCAUCAAGAAAGCCUCCUGAUAAGGGCGCGCUAGCGCAGAAGCGCCGUGCCCCAGGGACUUUGGACCUGCUAAAGGCCGAAGCUCGCAAGCAAGGCAAGGGUGCCCGUCCAAUCUCAAGCCUGCUAUCUCAGCUCGAAGAUUUCACUGUGGAAAUGUCACCAUCCCUAAACGGUCACAGCGAUCUGAGCUUCGUGGCAGAAGAAAAGGAGUCCAACGUAGAUCGCUCAGAGAGCUCUAGUGACAUGAACGACGGGCUAGAUUUUGAGUCUGAUAAGAUUCUGGCUGAUAUUGAGAAGCUCCUACCAGGACGCGGAAAAGGCAGCAGAAAUCGUCAGACAUCCCCUAGUCGAUCAUCCGAGUCCUCGCAUGCAUCGAAAACUAGCGUAUCUUCAGGAUCAUCUCCAAGAGGAGGUUCAGAUCACGAGCGCCCCCAAUUGCAAGCGCCACCGCGUAUGGGUCCGAUCACCGCUGGUACGGUCAGGACCAGAUUGAUAGUACCACCUCGCAAAGCUGUCUCUCCCUCCUCCUCCGCUGGUUCACUUCUAUCUGCCAGCAGUACGCCUUCCGUGCCUCCGCGGACAAGAAAUCCCUCGAAUGACAUAGGGCGAAACACAUCCCCGUCCCCAGCGCUCAUCAUUGGAGAUACCUGUUUGAACGUCAUUCUAAAAAUGCGAAUUAUUGAUGCGUUUGCUAAACAGCCGACGAUAAAUGGGAGCGACCGAAACGAAGACACAGAAACCGGCAACGAUUCGUUCAUGCCUGGAGGGAAACGGCUGAGCUCUUUUACCGUGACUACGACAUCUUCGAUGGCUGACGUUGCUGACGGUAUGAUUAUGCAACUCAUGGCGCGGGAAGCCAUGCAGGACGCUGCACGUUUUCGAGUUUUGCCUGCUGAAAAGUACGAAGAGCGAAAGAAGGAUCUUAAAUCUCUAUCGAACCAGAUAUCAAGCUUACAAAGUAGGCUAGCACUCGAAACAAAAAUCCGAGAAGCAGCAUUGUCAUUAGCAAGGCUUGAUUCAAAGGAUAGAGCUCAGGCCCAAGCAGCGAAAGAGCAACUGGCACAAGCUGAUAAAAAGGUGGAUGCGAUUGCAGCUGAGCUUUGGGGAUGCCUCAGCCGAUUGAUCGAGGUGGAGCGCAUGGUAUUUAAGCAUAUUGGUGGAGUACUACGAUGGGGUGCUGCGAACGCCAAAGACGGAAACGAACUUUCGCCGUCGCGCUACAUGGACGGUGACACGUCUUCUGUAGUGGAAUUGCAACGCAAACUAGCCUCGGCGGAGACUCGGAUAAAAGAACAAGAGCGCGAGAAUCUAGCUCUGAAAAACACCAUCACACGACUUGAAUAUGAGCAGGAACCGAUUCGCAAACUGGCAGCGGAAGCAAAGAGAGAAGCUCGGAUGACGCGCGAGUUUAGGCAACAGGUUCAGUUGGGAGGGACCCCAUCCACUGCCGACUACAACAAAGCACAACUUGAUUUGGCUACCACCCGUGCAGAGCUGGCAGCGACAAUGGAGGAAUUGACUGCUGCGCGUGACAACAUUGCAAUGCUUCAGCUGCAGUUGGACGAAAAUGUUACCGCCAUGGAAGCCAAAAACCAGACCAUUGCAGAUCUGCUAGCAGAAAACGAGGAAGUUACAAAUCAAGCCGAUAUGAAGGCCGCAGCAGCAGCACUCUCGACGACACCGUCAUCUGGGGAUGAGAAACCAGCUAGAUCUAGUGUCUGGUACCGUCAGCAGAUGUCACAGCAGCUUGCCACUCAAUCGGAGAGUAUGCGAUCGGUGCUUGGUGCACAAUUGAGGGACGCUGUCUUGGAACGUGAGCGAUUAAAGCUUCAGUUGAAUGAGGAACAGGAAAUAUCGAGUGAUUUGCGGCGGCAGCUGGAAGAAAUGCGCCAGGAGGGACAACAACCGUCUCCGAUCACGUUGUUAAAGAGCCCUCGAGGAGGUCCAAAGUCAGAUUCUGACACGGAAACGGAAGAUGACGACGAGAACAAGUCGGUCCUUUCAUUAAGAAGUAUUAACAGCAAUAUUAUGCGCCAAGGGAACAAUACUAGGUCCUCUUCUGAAUCCUUAAAGUUGGAUGCCAAGGUUCAGCAGCAAGAGUCACUUAUUGCGGAUUUGCGGCGACAGUUAUCAAAGAAUGUUACCGCCAUGGCAAUUUCUGAGGAAGACCUUGCCAAAUGCCGUCAACUCUAUUCCCAAGUAACAGCGACCAUGCGCAAACGCGAUCAUCAGGCGUUUUCUGUUGACGCUUUAAUUAACGGUGUUGAGGAAAUUCUCAAAGAGCGCGCCUCUCUUGCAUCCGAACUUCAAGAUGUACAGCGACAUGUUGAAAACGUGGCUGUGAGGGAGGUCGAAUUGGAGAAUGCUCGUUCUGGGUCGACGAAGGAACUGGCCGAGUUGCAGAUAUUGUUGCGGAAAACUCAAGCGGAACGAGACCGCAUAAAGGAAGAUCAUGCUUCCGUGGUGCGGGAAUUGGCUCUCGUAAGGUCUACAGACUCGUUGAACGCAUCCCGAAAUCUGUCGCAGAGUGUUGACAAACAACAGGAAGAAUUGGAGGUUCAGCGCACUCAAUAUGAGAACCGCAUAGGGCUUCUUGAGAAGGAGGUGACAAUGAAAUCCGAGCGCCUAGAGGAAGUUGUUGCUGAGCUGGAGAAGCUCAGAAGAGAGCGCAAUGACUUGGAAGAGGAGUGUUCAGAUAUUAAAGAGCAACUUGCAGAUCUCGACCGUGAACUAAUGGAACAAGCACGAUCAAUGGAAGAAAAACAUAGGAAUGAAAUGGAGUUGCUGCGGAACAGUCAACGGGAAGAGCUGGACGGGCUUACUGAUGACCUACUGAUGGCACGGCGAGAAUGCAGUGACUUGCGGACGAGAUGGGAAAACAUGGGAAAGGAUAUGGUUGUUGGAGAAGGACAGAAAGAGAAAUCGAUAGAAAAGGAGGAAAGCCUCAAAGCCAGCGUAUCAUCAUCAUCUGACGAUGUUGAAGCAUUACGUGCUGAGCACGAGCGAGCUUUGACUGAGCUGCGCCAGACAUAUGAUGCGGAGAUUGCUUCCUUGACAACGGAUACAGAGCAAAUGCGCGCUCGACUGGAUGUCUCCGAAACUGCCCUGGUUACAUCAAAACAGCAGUUCUUCCAGCAAAGAGAGCGGCUGCAGGAAGAAAUCGAUUCCUUGCAACGAGAAAAAGAUGCCAUUGAGACUGCCUUGCGAGAUGAGAAGGCGAGGGUGGAGAGCAGCCUUGCGGACCUUACGCAACAGAAAGCGCAAGCUGAGUCUCGUCUGCAGCAGAUAGAAGCAGACCUGGCAAAGGCAGAAAAGAGAGCUCAAGAAGCAGAAGCAGAGGCGAGCUCCAUGGUUGCCGAGCUCGAGAGCUUACGCAUUCAGGUAGACUCAAAGGAGGAAGAGCUUACUUCCCUGCGGCUAAGGAUGGACGAAAAGGAGAAGCAGCUUCAGGAGGCACUAUCCAUAGCUGGAGAGAUUGGGGAAAUACAGGAUAUGUUGGAGAACAAAGAGUCGGAAAUCUCAAACGCACGAGCAGAAGCUGAACGUGCCACCAGCGAGCUGGCUCAAUAUAAAGAGUCUAUGGCGGCAAAAGAGAAAGAGUUUGCCGAAGGUUCGCGCUUAGUGGAGACCAUGCAGAUAAUGGUGAUGGAUUUGAAAAAGGGCAAGGCGGACAUGGUGGAAGAAAUGGAAGACUGUAGAUACCGUGAAGAAAUCAUGAGACGCAAGCUCAGCAAAUUGGAGUCAGAAUAUGAAAAACUGACUCGCUCGAAUAAAGAGCUGGAAACUGAGGCAGCUGAGCACAACGAACUUGUCUCGAAGCAAAAGGCCGAGCUCGAUGCCUUGAAAGCGCAGAUACAAGAUUUGUCAAUUGAAAAACUAGGAUCUUCAAGUGAUGGAGCUCCAUCAUCCGCAGCGUCAAUGAGAGCCGACUUUAGAAAGCUGGUGGCUGACUUGCGAGCCGAGCAUUCCGCCCAGCUGACAAAAGAGAUAUCAGCCAGACAAACCCUUGAGAGCGAGAUGAGAAGAAUAAAGCGAGAGAAGGAAAUGGCAGGAUACAGGAUGGUGAAUAAGGAGGUGCAAACUAUAAUAGCUUAGAGGCGAGCGAUUAGACAACGUGCUAGUAGUAGAUUGUAUUUAUUGGUUCCACUGUUGAACUGAACGUUUAAUUGUACAUAAUUUUUGGGUUGGUUUAAUGUAAUGAAACUGUGA